UGAACACAGGUCACAACAGGGACUGAAUGACAGGAGCAGCGUGAAGAUUAGGACCACAUUUAGAAUCAGGAGUCAGCUUCUUGACAUUCAAACAGAUUUACCACAUCACUCAACAAAAGGCACCUGUUGGUGGCUGGACAGGAGUUGGCAUUUUUUUCUCUCUGACUCAGGAAGACCCGAGUUGUCGCCUUUUGACUCGCACUGCCAUCAGCCAUGGGCUCCUUGAUAUGGGCCUGCAUCACUGACUUCUUCACCUACGAGACCACCAAGUCUGUGGUGGUCAAGAGCUGGUCUGUGGGCAUCAUCAACCGGAUCGUGCAGCUGCUCAUCAUCACAUGUUUCGUCGGCUGGGUCUUCAUCUACAAGAAAGCUUAUCAGGUAAAUGACACCGGCAUCGAGUCCUCUGUGAUGACCAAAGUAAAAGGCUUAGGUUACCAUAACAACCGUGUGCUGGAUGUGGCUGACUACGUCUUCCCGCAACAGGGUGCAGGUGUGUUCUGCAUCAUGACCAAAAUCAUCAUCACUGAAAAUCAGUUCCAAGGAAAAUGUGCAGAGACUGUAGAGAUCUUCAGUUGUGAGACAGAUGAAGAAUGCCACAAGCAUUUUGGUUCCGUCCUUGCCAGUGGAGUACUAACAGGUGUUUGCCUGAAGUCCUUCAAUCAGACCAAGGGUCAAUGUGAGAUUGAAGGAUGGUGUCCAGCUGAGAACGACAGAGUCACAGUCAAACCGAUGCUGAAUGUGAAAAACUUCACCAUUUUCAUCAAAAACAGUAUUCGCUUUCCACUCUUCAAUGUCACCAGAGGGAACUUUCCCUCCUCAAUGAAUGCGUCACAGAUCAAGAGGUGUACCUACCAUCCGGAGACGAACCCCUUCUGCCCCAUCUUUCGGGUGGGGGACGUGCUGAGAUACACGGGGCAGACUGUGGAAAACCUGGCAUACAAGGGUGGAGAAAUAGGAAUAAACAUUCAAUGGAUUUGUAACUUGGACCUGGACAUUAGUAAUUGUGUGCCUAAGUACUCUUUCACGCGGCUGGAUGCACCGUUUGCCAAGAAUGCUGUCUCUAAAGGAUACAACUUCAGAUUUGCCAAAUAUUUCAAGACAGAGAACGGGACUGAAUUUCGGACACUUCACAAAGCUUAUGCAAUCCGCUUUGAUGUUAUGGUCACGGGCAAUGCAGGAAAGUUUGAUACCAUCCCAACACUGAUCAACUUGGUAGCUGCCUUCACCUCUAUUGGACUGGGUACGGUUCUCUGUGACGUUAUCUUACUGAACUUCUUGAAAGGGGCAGAGCAGUACAAAGCCAAGAAAUUUGAAGAGGUGUCAGAGGCUCAGAUAGAAGCACCCCUCACUCAGAGCCCAGGGAGCCAGCUGUCACUCAGGCCAGGUAUCAAGAGCUCAUAUGACUCUGGGGCCCUUUCCCUCGCUACUUCUGACCAACCUAUCUGACUGACAACAACAACAACAACAAUCUGAAGAGAUGGACAUUUCUCUUUCUCCCUCUGUCCCUUUACCUUAUUGCCUCCCAAGAGAUUCAUUAUGCCUUUUCUGGAUGUCAGGAUCCUGCUGUAAGUUUUAGUUUGGCAAGUUUAUGGAAUUGAAUAAAUAUGGACAACUUUGCUGCCAGCUUCACAAUUUCACAGCUCAAAGUGGGAGUCAGAAGAAAAGAACUUUGGCCUUGUAGCCCAUGACUGUGACUGGUGAAAUUCAGUGAAUGGCCAACUCUAACCGCUGGGAUAAAGCUUUGUUAAAACUACAGUCAUUAAACUCAGAGGGAAACACACAGUAAUAAAAAUGGUAUUUUAUUAUAACCUAUUUCAUUGUACAGCAUUUUACUACAAUAAACUGUAACCUCCUGUUAACGCUAAUGAAGCAAAUUAUUAAACUGAAUAAAUCUCAUCUAAUUUCCAGUUAUCUUUGCUCAGAUGAGCCAGAAAUCUAAAAACAAUAUGAAAAUCAAUAUGUCAUUAAGAAAAACCACUGCUGAGAAUAAAACUAUUUGCAUUUUU